AUGAGCAAGGCCAUACAACAGAUAUUCGAGGACUACAGCAGGGCUCGGACACAUUUCACGCAGAACAUUUAUGACAUGUGCUUAAAGUCUCACAACAUGGAAGUAAUAAUAAACACAGAUAUCAUAAUUUUGAUUCGUCCGCUGAUCUUGGACAAGAUUCCCAUAGUUCAACAGAAUGCAACUCAAAUAUUAGCAAAAAUGGCUACACAUUCUGAAGAAGUGGCUUUAACUAUUUUGCAGAAUGAUGUAUUACCACAUUUAAUAUAUUGUUUAAAACAUGAAAAUAAAAAUUAUAGGAAAAAUUGUGCUAAUACUUUGAAAUGUCUAGCUAGCCAUAAUGCAAAGCUAGCUAAUUUAGUAGCAGAAGGAGAAAAUUGUAUUGAUUAUUUAAUGGAUUCAUUGGAUGAAUAUGAUGUAAGAUUAAAAGAAGCAUGCAUAAAUGCAUUAUGUGCAAUCAUCAAAAAUGAUAUAGAUCUUUCAAAAAAAUUAGUAGAUAAAGGAAUCAUCCCAUUGGUUAUUUUGUGCUUACAAGAAAAAGAUACAAAUCUUAUAAAAAGUACAUUAAAUAUAUUAACAGAACUUAGUAAACAAACUAAUGAAAUAGCGAAAGAGGUUGUGGAUAAUAAUGCAUUACCACAUCUAAUAAAAUACUUAGAUCAUAAUGAUAUUCAUAUAAAAAGAAGUUCAUGUAAUUGUCUAUCCCAAAUUGCUAAACAUAAAGAAGAAUUAACAGAAUUAAUUAUCGAAAAUGAUGUUUUUCCAAAAAUUAUAUAUUUAUUAAAAGAUAAUGAUGAUAUUGUAAAAAAAAACUGUUCCAAUUUAUUGAAAGAAAUGAGUAAACAUAAUGAAGAUAUAUGUAAAAUUAUUACUCGUGCAGGAACUUUACCUUUUUUGUGUGAGUGUAUUGAACAAGCAUCAAAGGAUAAUAUUAAAUGCCCCGCCAUUCUAUGUCUUGGUUUUAUUGCUUCAUUUUCAGAAUCAUUAAGUUUAAAUAUUAUUUUAUCUAAUACUAUUCCUAUUUUAAAAAAGUGCUUAAUCGAAGAAACAGAAGACUAUAUUAAAUGUGCUUCUGUGUGGACUCUUGGAAAUAUUGGAAAACAUUCAUCUGAACAUGUUAAAAAAAUUUCAGAUGAAAAUAUUUUAAUAAUUUUAGUUAACUUGUAUAAUUCCAAUGAUUCUUCCGAUGAUUUAAAAAAAAAAAUUAAAUUUUCCUUAAAAAUCAUGAUUCAAAAGGUCACUGAUUUGGAAGCUCUAGAACCCGUCUUUAUAAAAUCAUCAAUCAAACUAGCCAAGUAUUGCAUCUAUCAAUUCUCUAAAAUACUUCCUAAAAAUCCUACAUACAAAAAAUCCUUCAUCAAGUCUGGGUGCUUGAAGUAUCUACAAGAAAUAAAAAAUUCCGACGAGGCAAAGAAAAUCGAAAUGGAAAUAAACACAAUCAAUAAAUCUUUCCCAGAAGAUAUAAUCAAUUAUUACACUCCUGGUUACUCGGAAACACUGAUUAAAAAAAUUGACCAAGUUGACAAAAACUGA